CCGAAUUAUACUAAUAUACUUGUAAUUAGAGCGUGUAUUAAAUUACGCUUAUUUGGGAAAUCGCCGACUUACAUCUAUGCUUAUUCUGACCAGUAGCCUAGGCUAUAGGAGAUAGCCUGUGCAAUUCUAAUACAUGGCAAAAGUUACCAGUUUUCGGAUUGAUGCAAGAAACUGUUUUAAUGUUCUGUUUCGGGCGAAAAGGUAUUGAUGGGCUGUUAUAUUUAUCGAGAAUAUGGAGUCUGAGGUGAACAUGAGCUGUAUCGAUUGUUUAUCCCACGCUCCGAAUCAAAGUAGCCUCACAGCGCAAAGUGCAUCUGCCGGGGUGACAACAGCGCUAGCCAGCGUGCUGAUCUUCACCAUCGUUGUCGACAUCCUCGGAAACCUGCUUGUCAUUUUAUCAGUGUUCAGGAACAAGAAGCUCAGGAAUGCGGGGAAUAUUUUUGUGGUAAGUUUGUCUGUGGCAGACAUUGUGGUAGCAGUGUACCCCUACCCCCUGGCCCUCAUGGCAAUUUUCCACAAUGACUGGACCAUGGGGGACAUGCAUUGCCAAGUAAGCGGCUUCAUCAUGGGCCUCAGUGUUAUCGGGUCCAUCUUUAAUAUCACCGCCAUUGCCAUCAACCGUUACUGCUACAUCUGCCACAGCCUGCAGUACGACCGGCUCUACAGCAUCAAGAAUACCUGCUGCUACUUGUGUCUGACUUGGCUUCUCACCACCCUUGCCACUGUGCCAAACUUUUUUGUGGGCUCCCUACAGUAUGACCCUCGCAUCUUCUCAUGCACUUUCGCCCAGACUGUCAGUUCCUAUUACACCAUCUCAGUGGUGGUGAUCCACUUCCUCGUACCUCUCUCGGUUGUCUCCUUUUGCUACCUAAGGAUUUGGGUUUUGGUCAUCCAGGUAAAGCAUCGGGUCAAACCUGAUAACAAGCAGAAAAUAAAGCCCAGCGACUUAAGGAAUUUCCUGACCAUGUUUGUGGUCUUUGUGUUGUUCGCUGUGUGCUGGGGCCCAUUGAAUUUUAUUGGCUUAGCUGUGGCCAUCAAUCCCACGAAGGUGGCUCCGAACAUCCCUGAGUGGCUCUUUGUCACAAGCUACUUCAUGGCUUACUUCAACAGUUGCCUCAAUGCUGUAAUCUACGGGCUGCUCAACCAAAACUUCCGUAAGGAAUAUAAACGAAUCCUUUUAGCACUAUGCACCCCUCGUAUGCUGUUUGUGGACACCUCCAAAUAUGGGACGGAAGGCCUAAAGAGCAAGCCCUCACCUGCAGUAACAAAUAACAACUUGGCAGAAGUGAACCUGUGAAACGCCUUGUUAUUUACAGUAUUUUUCUCUAUGUUUCCAUAUGUGAAUCUUGAGGUUUUCAAAAUGGGUGGGAAUGUGUUUUAUGGGCUUUAUUUUUUGUUUUUCCUGAAUUAUCACUGCGUGCCUACUUCCUUCUUUUUUUAAUGAGUUGUAGCUUUUCUUUCUCUAUGGUUUUUUUCAUGACAAUAUUUGUUUUUUAUAAUUUAAGAUGAAUGUUUCAAAGAGGAUAAAACAUAUUGCAAUGCUUUCUACUUUUUCUUUGGUAGUAUUCAAAGAAGCCUUUUAUUAUUAUUAUUUCACCGAUCAGGAAGAAAAUGUCAGUGAGAAUGUUUACUUAUAAACUUUGCCAUACACUUUACCACCAAGUUGUGGUGAUGUGAAUCAGCUUUAUUUUGAAAAAAAGUGAAAAAUCUAUUAAACCAUUUUGCCAAUGAUUGAUGUUUUCUGUA